AUGGCCGCCAGCCCUGGUCGUUCGUACUCACCAGAGUACCUCGAGCGACUGUCAAGUCCUGAUUAUCUUGCUGGCGACGAGUCCUUGUCAGAUUCACAGAGUGUUGCUAAAUCGGAUCACCGACCGAACGCUGCUGCACCUCUGAGCGCCGAUGAGGACCGAAUGAAUUCAGAUUCUCCAGCGCCCAGUCAGGAACGCAGUCCAGUCGGCAGUGACAGCAACGAGGAGAACCCGCCGUUGAAGCGGUUCAAAGGAGACCUAGACUCGUAUUACGAAUCUUCUGACGACUGCAUCCCACCCAACCGCCCCCAAACAAGCCCAAUCGACGGCGAUAGCAAUGAGGAACCUGCAUCCUCGAAGCAUUCGAAGACAGAUCAAAUCAAUUAUUACGACUCGUCCGACAACAACACUCCACCCAACCGCCCACCAACCAGCUCCACCGCAAACCCUCCCCCCCAAAAGCCUACUCAAGACAAGAAGAAACCCAGCACCUCCGCACCCCCCUCCAAACCCCCCAAGAAAAACCUCCCAAUCGCCAAAGAAUCCAUCAUCCACCAAAUCCAGCACCACUGGGGCCCCAACUUCAUCAAAUCCUUCAUCCCAAAAUGCCACCGCCCGCUCGUCAAAUCCGCCACUCCCAAGCGCAAACGCAAGUCCACCUCGCCUCGCAAACACGAGUCCAACCCCCACAACUGGACCCCAUCCUCCCUAACCUCCAUGCUACGCAUCGCCAAGCUCACCUCAGACAAGACGUGGCUGCACAAGGCCAUGCGCGACGUGGUGCGGCACCGCAUCCGGCACACGGGGAACCGGAAGCCGCAGCUGGGCCGCGCGGAUUUCGACAUCAUCGAGGAUAUGCUGGGGAAAGGGUGGGGGGUGCAGUAUGCGUUUGGGGUAAGGUACAAGCAUUUGGUUAAAGAGGAAGAAGAAGGGGGGGAGGGCGACGACGACGAGGAGGAUGUGGAGUAUUUGUUUGAUGCUGGGCCGGACAGUAGCGAGGAAGAAGAAGAAGAAGAAGAAGAAGAAGAGGGGGAGAGUGAAGAGGUUCAGCAGAAGAAAGGCCGUGGUACUAGUGGCAAGGGGAAGAAGCAAAGUAAGACGUGUGAAGAGGUACAUAUAUCGUCUUCUUCUUCAUCGCCUGAAACCAUCAACCCGUACCAGCAUGUCUGGUGCAAAUCGCGGUAUGGCAUGUUUCCGCCGCUGCCACACGCUUCUUCUUCUGCGCAUAGUGCCCCGCAGGCUGCGAAGCAUGCUUCGGCUGGUACACAGAAAACGAAACAGAAAAGCACAACGCGCGGUGACGAUGCACCGCGUAGUCAGGAUGACUCGCUGUUUGUACCGGAGGGGACGGAGAGGGAUGGGUAUGAGGAGUUUGAGGAGGAAGAGGAAGAACAGGACUACGAGGCGGAAAUCGCAGCAGCAAAGGCAGAACUCAAACUUGCGCGGUUAAGGGCUGCGGCUGCGAAAGCGAACAAACUGAAGAGGAAGAAGUGA